AUGUUUCUGUUUGCUAGUGCUUAUGGUUUGGCUCGUAUGCACAGUUGUCGUCUGUACGUUGAUCCACGAAUUAUUAAUGAGCUUCGUUUGUAUUUUCAAAUUAAUCUAUGUCAAACGAACAUUGAACCGAACACAUUGGAAAAAUUGAUACAGUGGCAUAAUGCAUGUACAUUUUACUCUGAUCUGAUGAAACCUAAUGUUUUGGCAGUAUUCAACUAUCUUGAAUUAAAAGGUUUUUGGCAAUCAUACAAAUAUUUUGAUAAUUACAUCGACGAAAUACGAGGUCAAUUUACUUUUAAACCGGAAAUCAAGCAAAAAAUUGCGAGUUCAAACUUAAGACCAUAUCAGACUAAUUCAUCAAAUGUAACAUUGAUUGGUAUUCACAUUCGACGAGGUGAUUUUCUGUCUGUUCGAAGAGUAUCCUCUAACGAUUAUAUUCUGGAAUCGAUGAUUUAUUUCAAUAAAAAAUAUUUGAAUCAAACGAUGUUUAUUAUCGGAAGUGAUGAUAAACCUUAUUGUCAGAAACAUUUUGGUAAUAUUUCGAAUGUAUUCAUUACACCACAAACAUUCUCAGCAGGCGAAGAUCUUGCUAUAUUAUCAUCGUGUAAACAUGUCGUUAUCACUGCUGGUACAUUCGGAUGGUGGGCAGGUUUUCUGGUGCAAGCAAAAGUAAUCCAUGAUGUGAAAUCACAUCAAGAUCCAACCGCUAUAGAUAAUAAUUGUAAAACUGACCAGUAUUUUCCGAAUUGGUUCUCACCUUUGAAUAAAACAAUUUGA